GCUUCCGAGGGGCCUUGCUCGCGUCGAGAGAAAGCGGUCCUGCGUCGCUUUCUCCCCUCUCUCCCGCUCGAUCCAUCUUUAAGCAUCUUUGGUUGCGGUCCCCUCCAUCACGGACCGAUACCCGCUUCUCAUUUCUUCAUUCUCUUAUAGGUGCUCACUCCUGUCCUUGCAACAAGUUUCCGCCGUCAAACACCCAGCACAGCCUGUGACAAUGCCCCGAAGCAAGCGCGCAAAGCCCAACGCACCUCUACCAGAGAGCUCAUCUACACCAGAUAUGUCGGCUCAAGCGGCAGCUCCAAGCGAUAUGCAGACUAGCCUCACCGGCCAGCAGCCGACCACUUACAGAAACUGCACCGCCACGUGCUGCCAGACGGAUUCCCGGGCCGCCCACCUCCGCGCACUAGACCGCUACACGAACGGGCCCUGCGUGGAUGGACUACUAGAUAGAGGCGGCUGGGAGACGUUGGCCACCAUGGUGAUAGUGCAGGCGGGGACUGUACGAAAGCUGGGCCUGGCGCGGUGGGAAGAUCUGACCCCUGAGACGAGGGAGAAGCUAAGCAGCUGGUCCCCCGCCGCGAGACAAUUGUGGGAAUCGGACUUCCUGGCUCAUCAUGAGGCCAUGGUUCGGGCUUGGAUCUGGCAUUAUCUUGACGAUAACCUGUUUUCCUUUGCGGGUGGCGCCCAGGGGCAGUCGCUCGUUGCGCUCAGUUCCCCGGUCUGGGAGCAUUUCCGGGCGUUUCGCCGGGAUCUGAAUGUCCUGCUCCAUGACCCCAAGGGCCCCGAUGAUCACCUGUAUCGAAUCCAGUUCUAUGCCUGGAGCCGCAUGACCGAACACCUCGUCCGCAAAGGGCUCGGUGAGGAGGAUUCGAUCAAGGCGGCAGACUUGGUCCCCCAUUAUAAGAAACAUCUUCGCCUCAUUCUCCAGGAUGGAGACGACAAGAUUCCUGACGAUGCUCAUGAUGGAGACUUGAGGUGGCGUUUUGGCGAUAUUGAGGACACUCCCGGCGGCCCUCCGCAUCACCAGAUCAGGCAACUCAUCGAGGCAGCCCUGAUCGCACAGUAUUAUGUCCAUGGAGUCUACCCCGGGAGCCACACCCUCAGAUUCUCCCCAAUUGGCAGCGACAGCAUCUUCGGCUUUCCCGUCGACGAAGAGUGGAUGAAGUUGACCUACCCAGUCGAGAUCCCCUACUACCGACCCGGUAGUGAGGAGAUGCCGCCCGUUCAGCUGGUCAGCGAUCCCAUGCUUGUCGUCAGCGGUGUUGAUGGUCUGAGCUACGACAGAAAAUUUACUCGUCACGCCCCUAUGCGAGUUGUCGCCCCUUGGACAUUUGGCGGCAAGGAGGCCGCGCCGUUCGUCUACCCCGGGUUUGAAAAAGGCUGGGAGCAGGUUCAGGCCAGGCAUGCGGAAAGAAUCGAAGCGAUGCUCAAGAAGGCCGGGGGGGAGGGAGCAGCAGACCUAACGGACAACAGCGAGGCGUCCCAGACCACGCAGGACCACGCUGCCGACGAGGGAGAGACUGAGGAUCAGGCCGACUCGUCGAAGGAUUAGGAGGCCUGGAGGCUUGUUGAGGUUCUUGUCCGUCAUUCCUUAACCAUUGGUACCUUAGGUAGUCAACACGCACACUGUGG